GGUUCGUCAGCUGAGAAGGAGGUGUCCAGACUCACCCAGCUCAAGGACACACUGUGGCAGAGGUGCUGUGGCUGCAAGAGGCUGGGAGGCAGCUCCAGGCAGAGACCAUGAUGGAGGGCCAGCGCAGGCUGGAGGAGGUGGGAGCUCAAGAGCAGAGGGCUGCCAGGCUGGAGCAGGACCUGCAGGCUGCCCACACCCAGUGUGCCAAGAGACAGCAGGCGGUGCAGAAGCGGGAUAACCUCCUGAGGCGUUCGGAGGCUGACCUGCUGGAGGCCCGGGAGACUCUGAGGAGUCGGGCUGUGGAGGUGGAGCGGCAGGCGGCUGCAGCCAGGGGCCUGGAGGCUGACGUCCAGAGGGCCAGGAGGGAAGGACAGCAGAGAGAGGCAGAGUGUGGCUCUCUCAGGACCCAGCUGAUGACCCUCAUGGAGGAACUAAAGGAGGCCCAGGGACGCUGCAGGGACACAGCACAGGAGCUGGCUCGUCAGGAGGAGAAGGUGUUGCUGGUGGAGGGGGGGCAGCAUCGGGCACAGGAACACCUGGCAGAGCGGGUGGCAGAGGUGGUAAGGGCAGAGCAGGCCCAGAGAAAGCUACAGGCAGAGCUACGCACCUUAAAGGAGAGACUCUGCGCCACAGAACAUGAGCUGCAGGGCUACAGGACCCAGGUGGAGAGUCUGAAGAAGGAGGCAGGGGAGAGCAGGCAGGCCCAGCUCAGUGCUCAGCAGGAGGCCAACACACACCAGCAGGGGGCUCAGCAGCUAGAGGCAGAGCUGACCAGCACCAAGGACACACUCAGGACUCUACAGCAGCAGCUGCAGGAGCAGGCUGAUGCCAGUCGGGCACUGCGGGCAGAGCUGUCCCAGGAGCAGGACAGGCAGCAGGAGCUGCAGGAGAGGAACCAGGGGGCCAGGGAGAGAGAGGCCCAGCUGGAGUCAGAGAGAAACCAGCUCAGAACCAACCUGGAAGCAGCUCACAGCCAGCUGAAGGAGCGGGAGAGGACUGUGGGGUGCCUGCAGGAGCGUGUGGUAGAGCUGCAGAGCACCACCCAGAGGCUGCAGGAGGAACAGACAGCCUGCCAGGCUCAGCUGCAGCAGUGCAGGAGGGAGCUGGAGAGCAGGGAGGGCCAGAGCCAGAGCCACAGCCAAGAGAUGAGUGUCCUUCAGGAGACAGUGUCCAGGCUGAGGGAGUGUGUAGAGGAGGCCCAGGCCAACAGCAGGCAGGGGACCAGGGACACAGCAGCAGCACAACACAGCCUCAGAGAGCUGAGACUGGAGCUGGCCUCCACCCAGGCUUCCCAUAGAGAGAGCAUGGAGCUGAUGGCUGAGCAGAGUGGUGAGGCUGCAGGUCUACGUAGUGAGCUGUCCCGCCUGCAGCAGAGGAGCUCCCAGCUGUCAGAGGAGAGAGGGGGCCAGGAGGAGAGGACCAGGCAGCUGGCUGCAGAGCUCCACAGACUACGCACUGCCAGCAGACAGUCACUGGACGAGACUCGGUCCUGUGAGGGCAGGCUGGCAGAGCUGAGUGCCCAGCUGGGGAGGUCUCAGCGCUGGGGCCAGGAGCAGCUGGUAGCCCUGGGUAAGCCCUGGAGUCCAGAGAGAGCAGUGGUGCUGAUGAAAUUGGAGAUGGCUUCUCUCAGGGAGAACUACCAUGUCAAGGUGGCCCAGGUGGAGGUGUUGCGCCAGUCUCUGGGUAACGCUCGUUCAGACAGUUCUCUUCUACACAGGGAGAGUGAGCUGGUGGUAACCAACGUCAACCAGUGGGUGAAGGAGCAGAAGCAAGGCAAUGAAAAACUGAACUUCAAGAUCAAAGACCAGAGUAAAAUGAUCAUUCAUCUCACUGCAGAGAAGGAUCACCUGCAGGAGAGUGUGGAGGGUCUGCAGGAGGAGAUGAAGAGGCUGAAGGCUGAGCUGGAUGAGAGCAGGAUUGAAGCCGAGAGGUUCAGGGCCUCUCAAGCCAGUAUGAGUGACCAGCGCCAGCGCAGUGCCCUGGCCAGACUUCCUGUCCAGCUGCUCCACACAGAAUCUGCUCUGACUGCGAGAGGAGCUUUGAGUGGUCAGGGAGACAACCUGUGGAGGAGGAAAACUCUGGCUGCCAAUCUGCAUCUGCGCUAGCCCCAGACGCAGCCUGUGCCUGCCUGGCAGGAAGGGGGGCCACGUUUGCUGCGGAGGUGGCCAGAAGAGUGGCCCUUAGGGCCCUGGAGCGCAGACCCCUGCCAUGUGGCCACCACCGUUGGAGCAGACCCGCUCUCUCAGCUGGAACGGGCCACGCCCUACACAUCUCAGGGAGGGACACUGGUGGGUGCUAGUAUGAACCAAUGAGAAGGGAAGUACAGGUAGUUAUUAUGACUCAAGAGAAUACAGCACACAAAUAUAUAUAUUUGAUUUGUAGUUUGAUAGAUAUGAAUACAUGAUUGUUUUAUAUUUAAGAUUAUUUAAUGAGAAUACUAAACUUGAAUAAUUUAAUUUCUUUGGUAUUUUCAGUAUAUCCUUUUUUUCCCUAAAUCUUAUCUUUGUGGCACAAUAUGUUCCCUUUCCUGUGUUCUCGAUGACUUAUUGUGAUUUUGUGGCACUACUACCUUUGCCUUACAAUUUAUUGAGAAAUCGGCUCAGUACUUAAAUUGUAAUUUACAACUUUAUGUAUGAAUGUACAGAAAAUCUGUUGUGAAUAAGUAGACAAUCAUAAUGUAGAACUGGGCUGAAAGAGUAAUGGUAAGAGCUUACAAUCUUACCUGUACAGUAUCUGGGUCCUUCCACCAAUUCGGUGCCUUUUUAGAAGUGUAACUUGUGAUUUCACAAAAUGUUGACAUUCUGUCCUAAAGAGCACAUGUUCAACACGUUGCCAUCUCAAGAGGUUAAAUUUAAAAAAUACUAUAGUUAGUGCCUAUUAAGUACCGAAUAAAUUCUCUGGGUUGAUCGUAUCAGGGUUGACGAUCUCAUCUUAAAUCAGCCAUAAAUCCCCUCGUGACAGUGGGAAUGGAAGCUUGUUGUGUGCAACAGGGAGUGGCAAUUGAAUGCAAGCUUCACACAAAAAAGAAAUCUAAUUGCUUAAACAUUUCUAGCCUGUCUAUCUAUGGGUAACAGGGUUAUUCGUGUUAUGCUCGACCCGUUAGUUUUCUAUCACAAAACAGAAAAUGGCCGAACAAGUAGAACCAGCUCACCUGCUUUUACACUAUGAUUUAACUAUUUGAUGUUCAAGGUUUCUUUUGUAAAGGAAUAGUUUCAACAUAUUCAAACGAGAGGGUUGGCCUUAAAAUGAGGGACAGAUGUAAAUGAAUCACUAAUCAAAUGAAAUAAAUAUCUUCAGAAAUGACUGAAUAGCUAGAGAUUUACAAUGAUGGAGAAAUGUUUGGAUUAAAUGGGUUGAAGUCUUCCUAGAAGUGACACAGGGUUGGUACUUCAGCAAGCCUUUAUUCAUAUUAAAAAUCAGAUUUAUUGAAUUCUCCAUGCGGUCUAUAUUAAAGGGCACUUCAUUGUAUAUAACAGGCUUUUAAAAUCGAUAUUGGUGGACAAUUUCUAUUUAAAAUAUCAAAAGGCACUCUUCGUGGAAUGACCCAUCUGACAAAUAAUUGUAUCUAUCCAUUCAGGGUUUUGAGUUUCAUUUACAUUUUUAUAUAAACCUAGACAGAAAGAAUCAGAAAAAAGGUGUCCAGCCUUUUAUUGUGGUAUGAGAAAUAGUCCUGCUUAUUUCUGUGGUUGUCAAAUGAUGACUUGAUGUCUAGAUAAAAGUCCUAUAAAUGUAUUGGGGGAUUUCAUGUUUUCAGUCACCUAGAGCAAUACAUCCUUGAGUUCAUGUAAAUCCUAAUGAAUUGUGUAGGCAGAGAAGUCUUUGUGGCCAAAUACAAGUCUGGUAAAGGCAUCUAAACCCAUAA